CUCGUUACAGUAAGUGGUGGUCGUGGCGACUCACUCCGCCAAACCCAAAAUAUCUGCAUUAGUCGCAGUAUUUAAAACGUCACUCAAAAACCAAGCUGCUCAUAAAAAUGUGCGAACUUGCAAUAUAUUGAUCAGUGAUAUCCAUCAGUAUAUUUGAACCCAGGAAUAGAAACGGAUUGGAACGAGGCACAUGGGGCCGAAUUUUGCGAAGAACUCCAUUUUUAAUACAGUCGGUCUCAUGUUUUGAGUGUGGUUUUUUCACCUUAUUUGUUCAGGACACCAUAUUUUACUGAUUAGAGUACUAAUUCUUACCAUCCCCUUUACUACCCUGGGCGCAUGGCAGGUUAUUGUAUUUUAUGUAUUGAAGUACAUUUCGAGUAGUAAUAGUUCAAAGCAUUUUAUCCAGGCCAACAGCCAUUUAUAAUAGUCGUUUUCAAUACAAAGAGUUCAAAAAAGUUCCAUGUUUCCAUUUGAAAAUAUAGUCAUAAAACUGGUUGAAUAACAUGGUCACACGCAGGCAUUAGAUCUUGGAAUACAACCUAAGUUAAUUGUCAGUAAACAUACUUGAUCAAUGAAUUUAAGUUCAGGUCUAGAAGCAGUCCGGUUUUCUCUUAUUCGGUUCUCGGGACUUCGUCAAGGAUUAUGCAACUACUGAAGUCAAUAUUCUUGGUUUGAAAUUGGUUGCUCCAAUUCUUUUACUGUUAUGACGAUAGAACAGCCUCUUUAAUCUAAACUAUCUGUGAUCGUGACCAGCUUAGUGGAAUUGUCUUUCCACUCAGCUUUUUGUCAAUUGUAACCGUAACAAAUUUGGACGGCCGGUUUUCGUUUCUAGCUAUAAUAGUAGUUAUUUCUCCUUGGGUUCUGAUAUACAGUGAUUAAUCAUCCAGUUUUAUCCUUUUUAGAUGGAUAUUAUCAAAGAAAAUUUAAAUAACAUCACAGAUAUUAGUUUCAAGAAACUUGAAGGGAAACUCAAAACUCUAAACUUAAUUCCUAACAGUGUACAUCUUGUAGUAAUAAGCAAAUUAUCCAUCCCAAAAAUUAUUCGUGUAAACUUACCACAUCGUUCAAAAAAUCUAUCUAUCUGUUUGAUAGUUAAAGAUUUUCGCAAAGAUGAUUAUGAACGCACUACCGAAUCUUGGAAACGGCGUUGGAACAUGGAUUUGAAAAAGUCCGAACUUUCUCACUUAGACGCACCUGAAGUGACAUUUUUACCUCUGCGGGAACUAAAAGUAGCUUACCAAACGUUUGCUGCCAAACGUCGACUGGCUGCCACUUUUGACAUAUUUCUUGCCGACAAACGAAUUGUUCAUCGUUUACAAAAUAAACUGGGUAAAGCGUUCUACCAGGAGGUUUCAGGGAAAUUUCCUAUCCCAGCGUCAUUUUCGAACAAUAAUCUUGUAGAUACUGUCCGACGGCAACUACAUACAUCUUUGUUCGUAAUUCGAGGCAAUGGGACAACCGAUAGUCUCAUAAUUGGGGAUGAUCUUUUCUCUUCAUUCGAGCUAAAGGAGAAUGUGAUAUCAGUCUGUGAAAAAAUCUGUUCAGAAUGGCCAGGUGGUGGUAUAGCAAAUAUCCGUUCUAUUUACAUUCAAAGCUCAGGUAUCUCCAUUCCUUUGUACUACGAUGAAACAGAAGCACCUUUAGCUACAAUAAGUGAAAAAUUAUCGAGUCUUCCUAAAGCUGUUCACCGAAGAUCUCAUACACUUAUUAAGAAACUAAAAAACACAGAGGAUGGUGCGCCAAUCGUUAGUCAACCUAAAAAGUCUCAAAAAUCACUUAAAAGAUUACCGAAAGAACUCGUUUCACAAAUUGCAGAUGAUCUUCCUUUGACAUCAGAUGAAGUCGACAAAAUUUUACGCAAACGAAACUUCAACUAUAGUAGCAUCACUCAAAUGAAGUUAAAACGAAAUAAAAGGAUUUCCCGUCAUAAAUUUGUAAAAAUAUAGUUCAUUCUUGUCAACGUUGCUUUUUCUGUCAGUACAGUUUCUACAAUAAAUUAGUACCUCUGAAGAACAGACAUUACGUUUUUGUAAGGUAAUCUCGUCGCACAUUUGUAAAAAUCAGUUGUUUGAUAACACAAGGGUCCCGGAACUUGCACGUGUUCACAUUUUGCAUAAGAUACGUAACAAAAACUCACAGAUAUUUGCAUUUGUUUUUAUGAACUGGUUGACUGAUAAAUCUCCGCUUAGCUAUUAAUCGGUAAUUUAUGUUAUUUGUUGCACUUAUUAUAAUCACCAAAUGUUAGUUCCUGGUUUGUAUUUAUCUUCAUAAGUAUUGGUAUCAGCCGACUUUAGAUGACAAUUAUUCAAUCGUACUUGUAUAUUUUACAUACCUUUGAUGAGGUGACCGGUAGUAAACAUGUAGUAGCUUCGCUCUGUACACCUCUAGACAUCUUUAGAUUCUUAACAAUUGCACAUUUCCUGUCUUUGUAUGGAUCAGGAUUGAAUGAGAAUUUCCCGCA